GAGGGCUGGGGUUAGAGGUGAAAGGGGAAAGGGUGAUGUUCCUGCUGCACAAGGAAGGUCUCUCUCUGUCGGUGUUUGAUCUUCACGGGCUGCGGCGCAGUUAAAGGAUGGAGGAAAUAGAAACGGAGGAGGAGAGGCUGUUCAAAAGGCACCGUAAGGAGAGGAAAGAAUUACAGGCGAAAAUACAGGCAAUGAAAAAUGCUGUUGCUAAAAAUGACAAGAAAAGAAGAAAACAGCUGGUAGAGGAAGUUGCAAAAUUUGAGACUGAGUUGGAACUGAGGCAUGAGGAGGAACUUAAACAGCUCACUCGGUCACUUGAUAAGUCUAGUGCGGUUGAAUCAUCUACUAAUGGAAUUGCAAAUUUAGAGUUGGAGAUUGAAAAUGGUAAAGCAUUUAAGCAAUCGCGGAUUUCCAAGGCACAAAAGAGAAGGGAGAAGAAAGCUGCUCAGGACAGAGAACGGGAAGAGAGAAUAGCUGAAGCUGAAAUUGAAAAUUUGAAAGGAGCCAGACACCUGGAAAAUCAGAAACUUGCUGAAAUCCUUGCUAAAAGGCAGUUACAGAUCAGGCAGAUCCCAUCUGAUGGUCACUGCAUGUAUAAAGCAAUUGAAGAUCAACUUAAACAACAGGGCAGUCUGUUGACCCUCACAGAUCUAAGGACACAGGCAGCUGAAUACAUGAGAAGCCACGUGGAUGAUUUCCUGCCUUUUCUGACCAACUGUAAUACAGGAGACAUGUAUACACCUGAGGAAUUUGAAAAAUACUGUGAUGAGGUAGCCAACACAGCAGCCUGGGGUGGACAACUUGAGUUGAGGGCUUUGUCUCACGUUCUGAAAAUGCCAGUGGAGGUGAUACAGGCAGACUCUACUCCAAUCACUGUAGGUGAAGAGUAUGGAAAGAAACCAAUAAUUCUAGUGUACAUGAGGCAUGCAUAUGGUUUAGGAGAACAUUAUAACUCUGUAGAACAAUUAAUUGACAUACCUACAGAAGAUGUGUGCUAAAUAUUGAUCAGUAUUUGCAUUUUAUUUCUUACAUCAAAGUACUGGAAUUUCUCUGGUGUAAUUUUCAUGUUGAGCUGAAAAUUGUGCUGCGUGCACAGGCUCAUGUGGAGAAUUUGAUAAAGAUAAUGCCUGUUCCAGUUUUUUUCUUGAUAAACCAUUUAAUGGUGUGAAGACCAGCAAUAAAAGCUGAAUUAAGACUGCAUAUGCUCAUUGAGGUUAAGUAAUGUCAGUGAUCUUGCUCUUCAGUAUAUGCUGUGCAUAGUGAGACAAAUAAAAAUUUCAGAUGUGAAUAGCAAUGGAGAUGAACCCUGUAGGUUGUCUCAAUUGGAGAUCCACAAAGUGUUCUGUUUCAAAAAAAAAGCUGUUCUGUAGCACUUCACUUCUACUUAUCAUUCAAUGCUGUAGCUCAAACAUGUAAUGCACACUACAGAUUUUGUGCCAUUCGAUUUUACAACAAAUGUUUGCAGGUUGCAAAGAUUUAUCCAUCUGAAUAUUUUUCUUAACUGCUGAAAAUGACACUGCAUGCACCAUGAGGAUUGGAUAAAAUAAGUUGAGAUAAUUUAUUAAAAAUCCACUUUUCGGGUGUUGAAUUGGAA